UAGUUAUAACACCCUCACAAUCAAGUGCCUGCUCCUUUACUCACUAUGGCAUUAAGGACAAAACCUCAAAAUCAUAAAUCAUCAGAUUCUAGUGAUACACUUGGGGCAGUCUCACCAGCGAAUCAGUAUCUUGUCCGUCUGAUUGAAGACAAAAAGGAACUGUCCUUCAAAAAGCCAACAGAGGAUAGAAUGAAAAUGGUUUUUCAAGUAUUAGAAGAUAUCUUGCCAGAAUCGGGGAUCUACACCAGUGUAUUGAAACUCAUCAGGGAUGAAUUGUAUGAUGGAGUUUACAGUUCCCAACUUACUGUGAAUUCCGGAUCAGAAACUGGAAUAACUGCCACAAGAGCGCCUUACUUCAGCUUACUUCAAUCCUUGCAGGGAAAACGAAAUGAAGAAGCGGAAGCUGUCAGUAUUAAAUUGAAUGAUUUAAGAGAGACUUUGUUGCAGAAAGAACAAGAAGAAAUUCACUUGCACCAUUCCGUGGCUGAAUUGAAGGAAAACAACAGAUUACUGGAAGAUCACAGAUUUUUCCUCAAUAAAACUGUGCAUGACAAAAAUGAGGAGAACAAAAGGCUUCUUCACAAAUAUCAUAACCUAAAGGAGGAGGCUGCAAAGCAAGCCAGAUCCUGUGAGGUGAACAUCACAGACCUAAAGACAAAGCUGCAGGAUGCAAGAGAACAAGUGGCCACACUCAGCCAGUAUAAGAAGAUUUAUGAAGAGCUUCAAGAGGGUUUUCAGUACCCUAUGGAAAUGAAGAGAAAGAGCCCAUUGUCGACAAUUUUAACAAAAACUCCUGAGAACCAAAAAGCAGCUAGAGCAGCAAGCAAAGCCCAUUUAGUCUCAUGUAUUGACGCUACAGAACUACUUGAGCAUCAAGUUUUGAGAGUGCAGAACAGUGUCUUUGAAGAUUUUGAUUUACACUUAGAAAGUCAUAAGACUUGGCUGGCUUCCAAAAUGUUCCAGAAUAACAGAACUGAUCCAACUUAUUGUGAUGAGGAACUCGAAAUGCAAACUAUAAACAAAGAAUUUGCAGAAAAACAGGAGAUGUUUCAGCAGUCAAUGGCAGAAAUUGCAAUAGAGUUAGCCCUCGGAAAUCAACAUAAGGAAAGCUUGCAACAACAGCUGAAUGAACAGAAGACUCUGAAUCAGGAAAGACAAGAUGAAGAAAAAUCUGUGAAAUCUGCACCACAUACCACACAAGCUCCGAUGUCAAAGGUCACUUCUGGAAGCUCGGGAUUAGGAAGAGGUGCGAAUCCUUCAUCACUAACUGAGGCGGAGAGCCAAGAGGAUGAAACCCUGCACAGAGCUUUCUUGGAUGCCUUUCCUGCAAAUGAAGUUGUAUUGAACAAGUAUUCAGCUAUGCUUUACAUCUCCAGCAAUGGCGGCGUCACCUACGAAGAAGUCAAUGAAGCCACAGUGUGUUUGAACUGUGCAGAGAAGACAUUGCUCUGCCCACACAAAAUUGGUAACAACUGUGUGAUUGCACUGCCCAGGAAUUGCACCCACAUUAAAAUCAGCAGACCCAAAGCUCACAUCAUUACCAUGGAGGCUAAGCUGCCAAAGGCAAAAUUGCAGGCACAUGUCCCAAACUGUGACACAGGAACUGUCAAUUUGGUUGAAUCAUCGUCUCAUAGUCAAAUUAUGGAGGACUCUGCAAACGCCGUCUCUGCAGAUCAGGCAGGAAAAUCAAAAAACAACACCACACAACCACUUGCAGCCCCUGGAGCUUGUAAACUCCAGCCACCACAGGCAGAGAGCAUCUGGCAGAGGGAGGGGAAAAUUGCUCUGGGAAAUAAUUUUGCAUCGAUAUGGGAUAAUUUCAGAAAAUGUACACAAUUCAAGCGUGUGAUGCCCAGAAUAAUUUCUCUGAAUCGCUGUCUGUCCAUUAUUGAACACUUCACAGCCAAUCUCGUAUGGAAAGAUGAAACCAAACUGAUCAGUGAGCCAACUCUUCCUGUUCAGGAUGUUCUCACUGCACUCUUCACUGAAUACUACAUUACGGAAAGCAUCAGCAACUUGGCACUGUAUGAUUUUCUGACUGCCGUGGAGAAAUAUGCAUCAUUGAACAGGCUGAUUGCUGUAUUUGGCCACAUUUUGUGUGGGAAGUUAGAUGCUGCGGUGUUACGUUACAUUGUUUUGAUGGCCGAGCUGGUGAACUGUGUCUCCUGGAAGCUUGCUGCAGAUUUCCAGAUGUUUGGGUCUGUUGUUUACUCUCUGCAGGAGGAUGAAGUGGAGACAAUGAUGAUGGGAUAUCUAGGCUUCAAUGAGAGGCACAUUUCAAAAACACUGGUGAUGGAAUAUAUUCUGAAUCUGAUUCUAACUAAUUCUGAGCCAAUGUUUAAGAAGUUUGAAGCCAAUCUUCUGCAGCAUUCUGGAACUGAGCCUGGUUAUCUAACAAGUGCAGAAUUUGCACUGGCUAUUGAAAAAAUAGCACCACUCUGCAACACAAAAGUGAGCCAAGUCUUGGCUGAACAAUCCAUUGCCAACAAGCAAAGUGCUUCAAUUUCACUAUCGAAUGCAGCGCAGAUUACAGCAUACUUGAUUCUGCUACAGCAAAUAGAUCAGCAUCAAGAACAGUUACAGACUAAACCAGAACGGUCUUUGGAAUCGACCAGAGAAGUUGUGCCAGAAGAUGGACAUCUCAUUACCAUGUCCAGCUUAAAACUACUGGCCAAUAACAUAGCCAGGAUGAAGAAGAUAAAAUUGGCAAAAGUACGCUAAAAUCUAACAGAAAGAGGACUCUUCAAGAAGGAUUUGAUUUUUUUAAAUCAGCUCUUUUCGACUCCACUUGUGAAAAACUGAAUGUACAUUGAAAUUUAUAUUUUAAUUUAGUACUUUGUCCUUUUAUUCCAUGUGGUUUAAACCAAGAUAGUUGCUUUACAGUCAUGUUUAUAUUUUAAAAUUCAUUAGUUGAUAAGUUAUAGGAGCAUAAUUAGACCAUUCAGCCAAUCGAGUCCACUCCGCCAUUCAAUCAUGGCUGUGCUAUUUUUCCCUCUCAAUCCCAUUCUUCUGCUUUCUCCCCAUAUCCUUUGUCACCCUUACUAAUCAAGAACCUGUCAAGCUCUGACUUGGCCUCCAUAGUCAUCUGUGACAAUAAACUCCUAGGAUCAUUUUAAACAUACAUUUCUUAACAGUUUAUUCUGAAUCUCAAACAUUUUGGGAGUGAUUUGUGAUUUUCUUAUGAAAUUGAUAAUGCGGGGGUCAUCUGUACCUCUAAUUAUUUGUUAUUAUUCAGGAACAUAUCAAGUGUAAAUUGAUUGAUUGAAUUGAUUGAAAGAUCAUAAGAUCAUAAGGGAUAGGUGCAGAAUUAGGCCAUUCAGCCCAUCAAGUCUACUCCGCCAUUCAAUCAUGGCUGAUGGAUCUCUC